AUGGAGUGGACGGAACCUCGGCUUCUCGAGCCGUCGGAAGUGCAGAAGCUUGUGCAGAGCUCCAAGGCCCUGCAGCAAGCCUUUCGCGGCUCCGAUGGGCUCUUGCUGGAGACGGGUGGGCGGUUCUUCACUUGCUACAAUGCAGAUGGAGGUUUCAGCAUGAGAGAGGCAAUGUCCUCGGCAGCUCUACAGCCCGUAACAGAAGUGGAGCUGCUCCGCCAGCUGCAAAGCAGCAGAGCUUUCCGAGUGCAAAACACACGAUCGGUGCUCAUCCCCUCCAGCCUCUCCGUGCAGCUCAUGUCCUGUCCAUCUGCGAAUGGCAAUUGCAGCUGUCGGAGAGGCUGGCAUGGCAGGGAGGCCAGACUAGAGCGGUAG